CGCGCCCGCGCGGGGGCGGGCAGCCAGGCGGCUCGGCGCCAUGGACCGCGCUGUUGCUAGCGCGCGGGCUCACGUCCAGCCUCCUCUACCCGAGGCGUGGCCGCGGGUGAACUCCGAGGAGGAGCUUUACGACUGCCUGGAUUACUACUACCUGCGCGACUUCCCAGCCUGCGGUGCCGGGCGCAGCAAGGGUCGGUCGCGGCGCGAGCGGGAACUGCGCACCAACUGGCCGGUGCCUGGUGGCCACGAGCGCAAGAUCACGCAGAAGCUCCUCAACGGCCAACGCAAACGUCGUCAGCGCCAACUGCAGCCCCCGCCGCGCACUCGCCUCGUCUGAGCGCCGGAUACCCGAAGGACCUGAUAAAAGUAUUUUCUCUUACUCCAGCUGUAACUGUGGUCCUAAGGGGGAGAGAAUCCAUGUUGGUCAACAAUUUCUUUUCGACAUCGCUUAAGUUUCCUGUUUUAGUAUCUUUUCCUUACUGAUUGUUAAUUAAGUAACAUCCAAGUGGGUAUGCCUUUUUAGGAUUUUUAAUUAAAAGAGCAGCAAGAAUGGCAUUUUAA